GUGCCGCCGACGACGACACCCGUGCCGUGGCUCGCACCGACCUGCCGCUCUCACCUCUUAGUCCUACAACUCACCAUCACCGUCAAGCCUUCGCCGGUCUCCUUGACACCAACACCACUUCGCUGUUAGUAGCACUUAGCCGUCAAGAGCAGCUAGCUAGCUAGCUAGUGCUGAGCGUGCCCGCUUGCGUCCACUGCUGACACACGGCUGUUGUGGAGAGCUGUCCACCGAGCAUCUCUGAGGCAGUGUAACGCAACACGCUUGACGCUCUGGACCCGGAGGCGUCACAGAGGAAGGUGACGCAAGGGAAGACUAGGUGCUGCUGCUGCUGCUGCUAGGAAGGAGAGCCCAGGAGUGCCUGGGACUACAUUUAAACAGUUUAUAUUAGCGGUGUUUGUGGCCUCGCGGCAUACAACACCACCACCACCACCACCAUCACCUCCCACAUGGCGUUCGCCGGACUCAAGAAGCAGUUUAACAAAGCCAAUCAGUUUAUGAACGAGAAGAUUGGCGGAGUUGAAGGAACUAAACUGGACGAUGACUUCGUGGAGAUGGAGCGGAAAACUGACAUCAUGUGUGAGUUGGUGGAAGACCUGCAGCUCAAGACGAAGGAGUUUUUGCACCCGAAUCCCGCCUCCCGGGCCAAGAUGUCUGCCGUGAAGGGUAUUGGCAAGUUGUCUGGGCAGGCCAAGGCUUCCACCUACCCGCAGCCUGAAGGGGUCCUCGGCGAGGCCAUGGUCUCCUACGGCAAGAGGCUGGGCGAGGACAACCCCUACGCGGCGGCCUUGGUUGAAAUGGGGGAGAGUAUGAAGCAGAUCGCUGAUAUCAAAUACAACCUUGAUGACAACAUGAAAAUGAAUGUAUUGGAACCUCUGCAUCAGUUGGCAACUAAAGAUAUUAAGGAGGUUCAGCAUCACCGCAAGAAACUUCAGGGAAGGAGGUUAGACUUCGAUUGUAAGAAGAGAAAAAAGGAUAAGGCAUUUAUCGCUACGCCCAGCAGUAGUCCAGCUCGCAGCCCGGGCUGGGGGGGAGGUUCCCACGUCACUGAAGAUGAAAUCAAAAUGGCAGAGGAUAAGUUUGCUGAGUCACUGCAUUUGGCACAGAUGGGUAUGCAUAAUCUCCUGGAGAAUGAUGUUGAGCAGAUUUCGCAACUUGCAACCUUUGCAGAGAACUUGCUUGAUUAUCAUAGACAGUGUACUGAGAUCUUGGAAGUUCUGGCAGGAACACUCCAUGACAAGAAAAAUGAAGCUGCUAGUAUUCCAAAACCAGAGUUUGUGCCAAAGACACUCUCAGAACUAGGAGUGAUGGACUCCUUGAAUGGUGGCUUACCAUCUACCAAUGUUACAGCAGGCUCGUCCCCCCUGCCUUCCCCAAUGAACUCAGGCCAGCCCAACUGGGAUCCUCUCUUCCCCCCAGGAGGCCCCCCGCGCUCUGCUAAUGCAUCACCAUUGCCAUCACCUAUGAAGAGUCCUGCACGUUCCCCCAUGCUGCAGACACCCUGUGCACAGGCUCUAUAUGACUUUGAACCAGAGAAUCCUGGUGAACUGGGCUUUAACGAGGGAGACAACAUUACCCUUACCCAGCGGAUUGAUGAGAAUUGGUUUGAGGGAACAAUUAAUGGAAAGACUGGGCUCUUUCCUGUGAGCUAUGUCAAUGUGACAGUGCCUCUUCCUUAAAUUCUCCCAACAUCCAUACCUGCUGCCACCUUUGCCAAGACCCAGGGGCUAUUCAUCAUCUAUCAGAAAACAAAGUGCUAUUGAAGUUGAUUUGUUAUUGUUACACCAUGAAAGUGUAGAUAAUCUGUAUGAGAACAAUUUAUGUAGAAGAAAUAAAGAAGAGUUUAUUGUAUAAAGUCUCACCAUUUUAUAUUCAGAAUUAUAUUAUAAUAUAAGUAUUCCAGUUUAAAAAUACUAGGAACAGUAUACUUAUUAUUAAAGCAUAAAAAGCAAAAAGUUCUGAGGUGUAUAAAUUCUUUGAAGGUCAUUUAAAUGAGUGACAAAGUUGUGCCAUUGCUUGAAAUUUAAGUUUGUAAAAUGCAUUUUAAGGGUAAAAUUACAUUUUCAUUUUGUACCAUUAUAAUCAGAUUACUGUUUACAUCAGCAUGUUGAUUAAAUUUGUGAUUAAGGCAAUUGUUGUAUUAUAUCUGUUAUAUAUUAAGUGGAAAGGAUUCAAAAUUUUACAGUAAUUGAAUUUAUAUUUUUUCAAGUGUAAUAGUACAGUAUCUAUAGUAUUUUAUUUACAAUGUUAAAAGUGCUCCUUGCAUAUAUAUAUUUUUUAAAUUCUAUCUUUCACUAUCAAAAUGAAUAAGGGUACAUUUGCAGCUCACAAUUUCACAUUUAUGAAUUCUGUUUUGCAUUCUGAGCACUUUCCUAAUUUUUGCAUAUUGCAGACUUACUUUUAAGACAUCUCUUGCAAUCAGUCACUGGUGCUGAUAACCUACCAAACAAAAUUAAUGCUUUUCCCACUCGAUUAAAAAUUUUCUUUAAAAAAAUUAAAGUACCUAAUGACACACAGGAAAAUUUGUUUGGAAGCCUAAGAAUUUAAAAAAAAUCAUAAGGAAAAAUGCAAUAUUUUUGUAAAAAGAGAAAAAUUGAGGUUUUUUUUUUAUAUUUUAGCAGCCAUUAGAACAUGUUAUACUGUACAAUACAUUUCAGCCAGCACAGUAAAUAAUUUAACCAUUUAAAUGUGAUUAUAUCAGUGUGUUGAUGCAUUUUACUGAUUACAUAUCACUUUAAUUCUUUGUAAAUUACAAUUGACUGUCAAGUUUAUUAGGGAACUUGUUUGGCCAGAGUUGCUAUGUAGUAGGGCUCUCUAUGCAGUCUCUUGCACACUUAUUCUAAAUAAGCUCCCAUGGGUCUGGGUAGAAGGCGAUAGUGUGUGAGAGAGAGAGAGAGAGAGAGACAGACAGACAGACCUAACUUCGCAUUGAUUAUUGCCCCGCUGAUCAUGGGUGAUCCUGGUCCAGCUUCACUGUUGACUACCACAUGAAAGAACUAGAUUUUAAAAAGUCUUUUCAAGGAAAAAUGUAGCUUUAGUUUAUCUUUCAAUAGUCACCUAUUAUAUAUAUACAUAUAUAUGUGUGCAUAAGAUUUAAUUUAUUAAGGGAUGAUAAGAGACUGAUUAAUCUAUAUUCUGUACACCAUCCUUGUUAUUGUCAGGUAACUCCAUUGUAUAUUGUCCUAGAAACUUUUAUCAAAAUGAUAACAUUUAAAUUUUAAUCUGAAUCUUAUUUCAUAAACAUUGAUACCUUCAUGAAUGAAAUGAGCAGUGGAAGGCAACUCUUUCCAUACACUAAAUGGAAAACUGCAAUGUUAAUAAUAUACUGUAGAGUGAAAUAGAGUGAAAUUUAGCUACUGCACAUUGCUAGUACAUAACUCUUAUAUUCUUUGAAGUCCUCAGCAUGAAUAUUAUUUUAAUGCUGUGAAGCAUUAUAUAUAUAUAUAGCUAAAUAAUUCUAUAAUUUUUUUGAAAUUUAAAAGCAAUGAUACUGCAUAUUUAUGCUAUAUUUUACCAUCUGUUCUAUAACAAGUUAAAGAGUAGUCAGUGGUUGAUUUUGAGGAAGAGCAUGAAUAUAAUCACUACUGCAGAUAAUAAUAAAGCACACUUUUCUCUUGAAGCACCCAGAUGAAGUGGACUUAUCAGUGACAGGGCAUCAGUGUUAUUCUCAAAUCCUAGUGUCUUUGAAAAGUCAGCCAAUUGUUGUAUAUGUAAUAUUGUGAUGUUUUAUGUGUCUCAGAUGUUAAGUGAUGAACCUGGAAGUUCUGUUAAAGGUGGGAAUGUAUGCCUUUAUAGAAGUUAUAAUAUUGUGCUGAGUGGAAUUAUGAGGAAGGUCAUUGUGUUUGUAACUUAGAAAUCUUACUCGGCCAUCAUUUUCUGUCAUGCCUCUGUGCCACUAGUGUUGUAAUAUAUUACUUGGCCAAGUACCUAAAAGUUAACUACAUAAAUUAUGUUGAGUAAUUAUGAAAUACACAUAGCAAAUUAAUAUACAGUCAAACUCCGUUAUCCUGAAACUAGUCGAGCCGAAAAUUCGCUGCCCCACAAAGAAUACUUUAAAAUUGAUGAGCAUAACACUUCCAGUCAAAAUCAUAAAAAAAAUUAAAAUACCUUUAAAGAUUAAUCUAGAGCACCAUAUUUUAUCAACACUAUAUUUUUGUAUAGUAUUAAAACUGUAAAUGCAUGCCAAGUGGUACUGUAGUGAUUUAUGGAGGUCACAGAUGACACUUGUUGAUGAUUGCAGUGUUUACAACAUACAAAUCCCAAUGCUUUAAAUUUGAAUUUAAUAAUGAACUAGCUCUUUCCAUGUGCCACAUUUACAAGAAAUGGCUUGUAUCAAUGCAGCUGAAGGACAAUGGUUGAGCUCCUCAGUCUCACGUCAGCUGAUGUCCAGACAUGGACAGCAGAGGUAGCAGCUACUCUGCCCCACAAAAAUGCAUUCUCACUCACAGGCAAGUACUUACACACACACACACACACACACACACACACACACA